AUGCGGGGAUACCAAUGGCCAGCUUUCGAUCUAGGAGGUUUUGGCGGCCAUGGUGGUAUGGGUGGUCUGGGAGGGUAUCCAGUGUGGGAUACCGGCUUUGAUACUCCAUACUAUGACGUGCCGGGCUCAGUCGAACAGGCGACGCGAUCACAUGUUGAGGCCCAAACCGAGUUUGAGAAAGCAAAGGAAAAGUACGAGGAAGCCAAGAAGAAGUUCGAGGAAUGUGAGAAGAAAGCAUACGCUGACUUUGCUCCUGUGCAAGUGGAGAAAGCCGAGCAAAUGCUGAACUUGGCGAAGCAUCGUGCUGGAGGUUGGUGGAAUUGA